UACUUAAUAAUCUCAGUAAUGAAUUGUUUUUACUUUGGUUGGUAGUCACGUACGUAUGUGUCUUUAAAAGAUUCCCCCAACUAUUUUUCUCUUCUUCUAUAAAUGCCCCUCAUAACUUUCACACUCUUUCUCUCUAUAUCAGUUACCCUCUUUUGGUUCUUUUCCUCACUCUCUCUCUUUCUCUCAAAAAUCUUCCAAUGGAGACCAACCAAGCCAAGCUCCACCAAAACCCACCUCAAAAUACCAAAGACCUUUUCCAUGGAGCCCAAAUUUGCUUGAGAAUUCUCGCUUUCGCCACCACAUUGGCCGCCACAUGGACCAUCCUCACCAGCAAACAGACCAUUCUCAUCAUCGGCAUGUCCUUCUCCGCUCGCUAUAGCUACUCUCCCGCUCUCAAGUUUUUGGCCUUGGCUAAUGGGAUUGCUUGUGCAUUUUCCGCGAUAUCUUUCGUCUUUGUCGUCUUUCUCCGCCGCACUUUCUUCAAUCCAGCCAAUUACUUCUUCUUGUUUCUCCAUGAUUUGGUGAUGCUUUUGUUAGUCCUGGCGGGAUGUGCGGCGGCGACAGCGAUCGGCUACGUGGGGGAGUACGGUAACAGCCACUCGGGUUGGUCGCCAAUUUGUGACCAUUUUCAUAAGUAUUGUAAAAGAGUUACGGCUUCUCUUGCAGUCUCUUACUUUUCUGUACUCUUCUUUCUUAUGCUUACUAUUAUUUCAGCUUCUAAGUCUAGACAAAUUAAAGUCUAAUUAAAAAUGUUACUCUCUUUAUUAAAUAUAAAUAUUAGUUUUUGUUUUCUUAAAAAAAAACAGGAAAGUAAAAAAACAAUCUUUUGUGUAGUUGGAGAAAAAGAAAAGGUUGUUUUUAAUUAUAUAUAUAUGGAGAGUGUUAAUUAUUAUACUAAUAAAAAAAAGGUGUUCUCUUAUAAUGUAA